AUGCAGGAUUACUCCACUGCGGAGCAACUUGGACAGACGGGGGGCUAUCCAUCAUCAAUGACCUUCCCAAAGCGGGCAAAUGUGGGUGGCAAGAGCCGGUGUUAUCGCCAAGGUAUGAACGGAGACGUGGGUUUAGGAGUUUCUCUUCGGCCGGUCUUACUUGGCGACCAGGCGGAGCUACCAAGAUCUGCAUACAUGACGUGGGCCCGGCGUGGUGAUGAAAUUCCAGAACAAGCAUGCUUUCCAGGCCAUCCUGGACUACGACUAGCGCCUGCACCUCAAGAGCUGACGGAUUUAGUCAACUUAGCAUACAGAUUUCCAGCGAAUGGUGUGUUUGAAGGACCGGGCACGCCUGUCAUGCGCAAGGGUCUAGAUGGAAGCGGAGCCCGUGAUAAGGGAGCUGAGCAGGCUAUUCAGUGGCGCCGUGGCGGAGCGUUGGGCUACAUGAAGCUAAGCUGUGAUCAACACGGAGAGGCCCGAUGCAACGCGAGACGGCAAGGCAGGUCAUCAAUUGACGACUCAGGGCGCCAGGGGAGCACGCACGCGCACCAGUAUGAGCAAUCUGAGAUCAGCCUGAUUGGCGAACUGCUCAGGUGUAGUGGGUUACUAUGGAUCUCGGGGAUCUACAUCAGGCCCAUACGCACUAAGAAGGGGGCUGGCCAGCCUCGCUGGGCUGGUUCCACCGUGGCUGCAGAUUGCGGAAUUGGGGGUGGAGUGAAGCUAUACCAAGACAUCCUGAGAGAGCUCCCACGGGAGUCGCAAACCACAACUCCACAGGGGAGGUGGAUAGGGAGAAAAGGAGUAGCUGCGCAAACAGGAUCACAGUGGAAAUCGCGGAUGGAGCAAGAUGAGACCUUGAACUGGAUCUCCACCAACUUUCUCCUCUUCCUCCGUGGGACUCCGUUCUACUAUCUACUACUAACAGUACUAACUGUCGACAGGAAUAACUGUGCUGAAGGGCUAACCUCACUAGUAGCUGUUCAUCAGCCCCCCGAAAAUCAAAUUCGAUAG